UACACAUCACGGACGUGCAUCGAGCGUAUACAUACCGCACGGGCGCCGCACACACAUCCGCCGCCGCCGCCGCAAUGGACGACGACGCUGCCGCUGUCACCGCCGCCUGGUUGCGCACCGACGAGUGUCACUGCAACCGUCGCCGUUUCGCCCGCGAUUAACCGUUACCGCGGUCAGCCGAUUUGAUUUUUUUGUUGUCCGUGUGCUGCACGUCUACCAGAACCGCGUCCGUUCGCAGUUCGUCCGUUUCGUUUUAUCUCCCGUUCGAUAGUUUUGCGCGCGUUUUACGCACCGUCUUCGUCGUUGACGUCGCCGCGGUUGUUGUGCGCCCGAGUAGCGUGCGUGCCGCCGUUAAAUCGCCAUGUUUUUCGCCGGCGGCGCGUGUUGUUGUUGUCCCGUCGUCGCCGCAGCGCACGUCUUCGUGUUGUUGAUCGCCGUGGUCGUGUCACCGUUACCCGGCGUCGGGGCCCAGGCGGAGGACAUACCGCACAACGAAGUAAAAAAUUGGGCGCUGAAAUUUGGUGUAGAUUUGUGGGAGUUUGGCAGACAAAUAACCAACAUGAACGAAAUCCAAAGAAAAUAUAGAGAGCGAGAAUCUAAAGUACGAAGAAAAGACGGACUUUUACUCAUUCGCGAUUUGGCAGCAGAAGUUAAAAAUAUGAUGGAUAUCAAAAUGAAUUCUGUUUUGAGGCUAAUGGAAGCUGGUGAACAAUCUGCUUUAGCAAAUCAAGAAGCUGCUGUAAAGAGUGAGCGCUAUGUAAACGAUGUAUUUGGGGAUUACAAGAGUCUCGAAUCAAUAGACCGAUAUGACCAAUGUGCAUUUAACACUACUGUAAAUUGCGUGCUGUUACAGAGCACAUAUGUAGAUCCAGAUUCAGUUGACGAAACCAUAGUUCGAGAUAUGCAGUGGACUGAUCAUUUAGAUCCAAUAUUCGUAAGCAAUUAUGAAAUGGAUCCUGUAUUAUCAUGGCAAUAUUUUGGUAGCACAAAAGGGACACUCAGAAGAUUUCCAACAUUGAGAUGGCCUUCAUAUUCAGGAUUAUCACCAUCUGCAUUGUUUGACUAUCGGCUUAAUCCAUGGUUUGUAGAAGCUGCAACCAGUGCCAAAGAUAUAGUUAUAAUAGCUGAUUUUUCAAUUGCAUUAUCUGACUAUAAACUUAGUCUUGUAAGAGCUACUACUUUAGCGGCACUUGAUACACUGGGUGCUAACGAUUUCGUCAAUGUUUUAUCUCUCGAGUCAUCAAACUAUGAAAUUGUGCCAUGUUUCAAAGAAAUUAUUGUUCAGGCUAACGAGAAGAACUUAAGAGAUUUGAGAUCCGCUGUGGCACAAUCAAAGUUUGCUGGCAGUUCUAACUUCACUGGAGCUCUAGCUCGUGCAUUCGACAUACUGCAUAAAUUUAAUCGCACUGGUCAAGGAAGUCAAUGCAAUCAAGCUAUAUUGAUAAUUACUGACGGUCCAUUUGGACCAUAUAAAGAAAUUUUACAACAUAAUAAACCACACAUGCCGGUUCGAGUUUUUACGUAUUUAAUUGGCAAAGAUGACUCAAAUGCUGCUGAUAUGAACUGGAUUGCUUGCAACAAUAAAGGUUAUUUCGAACAUAUCGAAGACCAAAGAAAUCUUCGAGAAAAAGUAUUAAACUAUGUUUUAGUUAUGGCUAGGCCAUUAAUCAUGUAUCAAACCGAUCAUCCGGUUUAUUGGUCACCAGUGUAUCUUGCAAGCAAAGUUGACAAUUUAAAAGCUACUGACACUAUAGAUGGCAGACUUAUGACAACAGUAUCUGCGCCCGUUUUUGACAGGAGAAAUCAUUCGGAACGAGCCGCCAAUUUAUUGGGUGUGGUUGGUAUGGACGUCUAUAUUGACGACCUAAAGAAACUUGUUCCAGCCUAUAAGCUCGGUGCCAAUGGUUACUCCUUUAUAUUGGACAAUAAUGGACAUGUCCUUUAUCACCCUGACUUCCGUCCAACGCAAUCUGAUUCGGUCAGACCUCAAUAUAAGACGGUAGACCUGAGUGAGAUUGAGUUACCUGACGUGGACACUAAUAAUAACACUCUAUUGCUCGAAUUGAGGAGAGAAAUGAUUGAGCAACGGGAAGGCGAAACUACUCUAAAAGUCAAAAAUCACUUGGAUAAUAUGAGACGAGUGUCUACUAGAAAAUAUAAAUACUUUUAUCAUUCAAUCGAAGAUACACCUUAUAGUUUAGGUAUUGCUCUUCCAGAAAGUUAUGGAAUGUAUGAAUUACUUGGAGAAGAAGAAAUCAAGUUGACUCAAUUCAAUAUUACGGAGUAUUUCAAAGGAAAAAAUUGGAAAGUCCAUCCCGACUGGGUUUAUUGUGAAUAUAAUUAUGGAAAUGAACAUAACUUUAAAACUCCUGAGGAUAGAGUGUUACAUUUUUUGUCCAGAACCAAACGUCCUGGUUGGAAAUGGAUGUCAUUAAGGUCUAGAAUGCCACAAAGAGAACCUGGCACAAGUCAGGUUUAUAACACGUGGAGAAAAGAAAAAGACUCUCAUUACUGUGAUAAAAGUCUUUUACAAUCCUUAGUAUUCGAUGCAUUAGUCACCGAUAGUCUUGAAAAACAAACAAGUCAAAUAUCUAAGGUUGAUAAACACCCAAUAGCCACACUAAUGGCACUUCUGCACAGCCAAGGACAUCAUAUGUUCGGUGUAACACUUACGUUCAUUGCGACGAGGAGUGGAUUAUUGAGAUGGCGAGAUCACGGAACAGCUAACAACAGAGGACCUGAACCACAUUUUAGCGAAACUAAUAAAAAAGCCAUAGACGAAGUGUGGUAUAAAAGAGCGAUUGAUCAACACAACAUAGAGCCUGAAAGUUUUGUGUUUUCAGUGCCAUUUAAUUCAGGCGCUGGACUCGAUCGACCACUCAUUACAGCUACCCACGCAAUGUUCGUUGAAAAUAAAGGUCAUCGAGCGGCAGCUGCGGUUGUCGGCAUACAAUUUCAACAUUCGUCGAUCGCUUCGCACUUCAUCAAUAUUACUUCGGCUUGUACCGGAAUGACUGGAUGCAAGAAGACGUGUGCUUCCGACGAUCUCGAUUGCUAUGUGUUGGAUAACAACGGUUUCAUCAUAAUAUCUGAACAAUCUCAUCAUACCGGUCAAUUUUUCGGCCAAACAGAUGGGACUAUUAUGGACUCGUUGGUACAGGACGGUAUUUAUAAGAAGAUAACUAUAGUGGACAACCAAGGUGCAUGCCAUAGCGGUAUUGAACCUGGAACCGAUUCAGCGUCUUCUCUACGACCUUUUCAGCCGGUUGUCUGGUUAAUAAAAUGGUUAUUAGGUCGUUUGGCUUGGUUAGCAAUCGAAACUAACAUCUAUCACGUUAUAUUCCCGGAGUGGAUUCAAGCUCAAGACGAAGAUCCAAUGUAUUCGGAAUACGACCUGGGUCCAGACGAAUUCGUGCCAGAUCAAGGUGAGAAGACCACAGAUCAGAGCGACAAACCAAUGACGGAUGGUGACGGUGGUGAUCGGGGGAGCUCUGGUAAUGACUACAAAGACAUGCCUCCGCAUCCACCAUUAUAUGUGCCAAGCAUGAAAAACGCUGAAUACUUCAGCCCAGUGUACAAUCGAACCCAACCGGGGAUUACUAGAACGUGUCGCAAAUCAGUCGAUUUGUACGUCUUGCAACCCAACAGAUUGAACAUGAGUGGGUCGUUUAAUCCACUCAAAGGAAAAUUGACCAAUUGCCACGCUACUGGAUGCGAAAGGCCAUUCAGUGUGCAAAAAAUCCCCCAUAGUAACCUAAUACUAUUAGUUGUGGAUACUUUGUGCCCUUGUGGAAGCAAACAACUGAGUAUUGAACCACAAGAGGUUCGAAUGGCAACAGAUGAAUCUGGACAACCGGUGUUUAAUUGUCAAGAUCAAAAUAUGUUCCGGAGACGCACAGGAAAGUGCAUUAACUAUCAUCCGGAAGAAAUUGAAAUCAAGCAGUGCGGUUCGAGUUCGGCGCUACUGGUCACCUCGUACCUAAUACUACUAAGCAUGGUAACUGCCAUAUGGAUAACGUGAUCAUCGUACUUCGGCUGAACGAUAAAUUCCUCAGCGCCUACGGUUUUACGAAAAACUUAUAAGUGUAUGAUAAUUGUUAUAAUUUUUUCUUCUUUUUUUUGUAUAAGAUCUUUUAAACGGUUUUUAAUUUAUAUUAUUAUAUAAUUCAUUUAAUGGCCAGCGCUCGAAUUUAUAUAAGUGCCCCGCUAAAUUGUUGUAAUAAUAAUAUUUGGCCUACAUAAUCAUACAUUUCACAUAUUCACAACAUCGUGUGUGAAUUGUAUAUAUUUUAUUUAUAUAUAUAAUAUAAUUUAUAUGUGUGUGUGUAUAAUGGACAUUCCGUUAUAUAUGCAUAUAUAAAUUAUUAUAUAUGUAUAUAACAUAACUAUACCAAAAUAUUUUUGUACGUCAAAAAUUAUUAUAUACCUACUAACUUGGGAAUGAAUUUAAUAUGAUAAUUGAUAAUGAUAUAGAAAAAAAUAGACAAUAAUUUGUUGGUUAUGUGCAAUCGUAUUGACUAUGAUAAUAAUAAUAUAUAAUAUAUUUAUAUACAACACAUAUUAUAGAUAACAUUAUUAUAAAUUAUGAUAAUCAUAUUUCAACCGGCGCGGUUCAAUGUUCAGUAUGAUAAUAUAUAAUAAUAUAUUAUACGGUCAAGUGGGUUCCAAGUGGUUUCAAGUGUAUUUUCAAUAAAAAAAAUUUAACAGAAAAUUAAUUGGUUUCGAUUACAAUAUAUUAUGUGAUAAAAUUAUAUUAUUUAAGUCGAACCGCAGUAGAGUUACCCCCUGGCCCCUCCAUCUAGGUCUCGUUACGUUCUUAAUUUCUAAGAAUUUUCCGAUGACUCUUGUUCAGACGUUUCGCUCCCACAAUAAUAUUCGAGUGUCGUAACGAUAUUUUUUUUCUAAAAACACGACAAAUCAAUUGGUUACGUAAACGAAAAGAAAAACAAAUAAACUGUAGUGUCAUCUGGGCAAUAAAUUAACCGAAAUAAGAUAUUAGAUUUAAAUAAUUUAAUAUCUUGUUUUCAAAUUGUUAACGAUUUCAUCAAAUCUUACGAAUUUUUUCGAAGUCUGCUACUAUUGUUAUUUAUACUUAAAUAUAUUAUUAUACGCCCAUUUCGUGUGCAAAUGUUUAACAAUUUAUAAAUAAAUAAAAAUAAAAAAUACAUUUUACCCGUGGAACUCCCUGUAUUCUAUACUUUAUUAACAUAUUAUCUACUAGUGAAUUUAUGUAGUUCGGAAUUAUUAAAAUAUAUACGCUAUUGUGUUUUUUAUCGUUAAAAAAAUGUGUCGUUUGUU